AUGUUCAGAAACUAUGCGCUGUCGAGGCGGGUGACAUUGGCCGGCAUCGCUAAAGGAUCGCGCCACAUCAGAAAUCUGGCCACAAUUGAUCAGCGUGCCAGUAUCAUCCGUACAGAAGUGGACAAGCACGACGAAAAUUAUAAGUUCAAGAUGCUGAACAAUGCUCAUGGUUUCUGA